UCAUCAUGUCAGGAUUUCUGAAGCCAGUAGUGAUUAACAUACUGACCAAACCGGCACUCAAAUUUUUUUUCUUGAUUUGACUAAUUUUGCGGCAACUAUGACAGAAAAAAUUUCGGAGAUAUAUACGAUUGACAAUUUCAGUUCAACAGCGAAACUUGCCGAUAAUGAAUGUCAAACCCCCGAUAAUCUUGAAACAAUCCCUAAGAAAGUAUACAACCCUUAUGAACACAGGAAUUUAGAACAUCCUAACACUUUUUCCGGAGCGUUGAUGCACCUAUUAAAAAGUUCUUUAGGAACCGGAAUUUUGGCAAUACCGAGUGCUGUGGCGGCUGCUGGGAUUAUUCCUGGUGUUGUUGGAACUGUCCUCACUGGGCUUUUGUGCACCCAUACGAUACAUUUACUGAUAUUUGCCUCGCAAGAAAUAUGCAAGAAAGCCAAAGUCCCAAUGUUAGGUUUUGGCGAAACGGCUCAUGCCGUAUUUAAACACGGCCCAAAACGCGUUCAACCUUUUGCAAACUUCGCCAAAAAUUUCGUAGACGCUUCUCUCCUCUUGACUUACUGUUCAGGGAACGCAGUUUACGUAGUUUUUAUCACUGGAAACAUUCAAGACGUUGUGAACUACCACCACGAAAAUGUGUCUGAUUGGCCACUGCACUAUUACAUUCUUAUGCUUUUGGUGCCUUUAAUAAUAUGUUGCCAAAUCAGGCAAUUGAAACACUUGGUACCAUUCUCCGUCAUUGCCAAUGUUACAAUGAUUACGGCUUUUUUAAUCACACUUUAUUACAUGUUUUCUGGGAUUGGCGACAUCAAGAUUGACGAUCGCAAACUCUUUAACGACAUUUCCCUAUUCCCACUUUUCUUCAGUACUGUUUUAUUUGCUAUGGAGGGAAUUGGCACAAUGCUUCCAAUCGAAAAUUCGCUGAUUAAACCACAAUUUAUCGGAUGUCCUGGUGUUUUAAACAUUGCAAUGAGUUGUGUGGUCACGCUUUACACAGUUAUUGGUCUUUUCGGUUAUCUACGAUUUGGUGAUAAAGUUAACGCAAACGUCAUCGAAGAAUUACCAAACACUGACAUCGCAGCUCAAGUGGCGAAAAUGUGUGUCGCCACUGCAGUUUUCUUCACGUUUAUGUUACAAUUUUACGUCCCUUGUGAAAUAACAUGGAGGAAACUCUCACAAAAAAUCCCGAAAAACUAUCACAAUGUUUCACAAAUUGCAGUGAGAACACUUUUAGUGUUAUUUAUAACGGCAUUAGCUGUGGCUGUUCCAAAACUGGAUGCUAUUAUCGGACUGGUGGGAUCAAUAUGUUUCUCAACUCUUGGACUUUUUAUACCAGCCGUUAUAGACAUUAUCUUGAAUUUGGGAGAAGACGGCGAUUUUGGUUGCAUGAAGUGGAGAUUGUGGAAAAAUAUUCUUAUUGUUAUCUUGUCAUGGUUUGCGCUUUUCUCGGGUAGUUACUAUGCCAUUAAAGGAUUACUCGAAGAUUGAAGGACAAUGGAAAUCCUAAUCCAAACAAAAAUAUGACAUACUACUUUUUACGAAUGUGUAAACAUAUCAGCAUCUAAAUAAAAUGUUAAGUCUUA